UCAAAUCCAAAAUGGCCGCGCCUAUGUGAGAGAGAAAACCUGUGUCGUGACUUUUUACGCUUAUUUUUGCUAAAAUAAUUGUUAAAUAAUUAUAAAUUGUUAAUAAAUCGGUUAAUUAAAUUAUUCUGAACAAAAUGUGCUAUAAUUUAUUGGGUAAUUUUGUGAAUUUUGUCCAAAAUUAAUCGAUAUGUCAAUAGCGUUGGAGCUGACAAAAGCAAAUCUUAAUUUCGUAAAUAAUGGACCAAUGAUAACAAAAAGUGUGGCUAAAACGUCUAGUGGGUUGAUGUAAUUAAUCAAACAUAAAUAUUGAAACUGGUACCAAAAAAAAAAUGACUAAAUUAAAUUGUCAUUGGAGCAAAAAUCAUUUUGGAGUACAUUACAUCAAAUUCAUCCAUGGCAAAAACAUUAAUUUUGCUAAUUUAUGUGAAAUGAAAUAUACAAAAGCUUCAAUCAUGAAGGAAAGAAAGCUACUGCACUAUUUAACACACUUGGGACAACUGAGACUGUUUUUAUGCUUAAAUAUAACAUGAAAAAUACCAAGUGAAUGAUGUUAAUGUUAAAAGUGUCACAAGACACAUUGACUUUAGUUUUUGUUAUCAAGUGCUUCGAAAGUUAAAUUAAUUGUUUAUAAACUAUUUGAUUAUUUAACAAUCAUGAUAUGGUUGUUAAACUGGUACACUUGAACCACUGCAACAAAAUGCAUCAAAACCAUUCACAUGAUAUUAUGCUUCAACAAUGACUGAUAUUCAAAAAUGAAUCUUUAAUUAUUAUGAAUUUCAAUUCUUCAACUGGAUUUAUAAAUCAUUGGGUUUAAAUGGAUCUCAACACUUGAAGACCAUGACAUGGUGCUGAGAUGAUUGAUAGUUUAUGCUUUUUCUAAUGUACCACUUAUUGUUGCUAUUGGUAAACAUUUUGUACCACUUGAUGUUGAGCUAAAUCUAUUUUCAACGAAAAUUAUUUGGUAAACUGGUUGUUGCUCCAAAUCAGCUCAUGUUGGUGUCUCGAGUAGCAGGAACCACCUGCCUCUACCCAAAAAAAUGUAAAAAACUAUCAACAGUCAACUCGAGAUCUUCUUUUCAAAUUGAUAAAUAGUUUUCAAAUAAUAAUAAUAAACUAUUUUGAAAAAAUAUAUAAUAAAGUGAACUAUCAAGCAAAUAAGAAUAAAUUAUUAAAAACAAUUUAAUAUAAAAAUUAGUUGAUAUAAAAAAGAAAACUAAACUAAGUCAUAAACUAUACAUAAAUUCUUCUGUGGUGUAAAAGUGGUGAUAGUGAUAGUGACAAGUGUUUUUGAAAAAGUAGAGAAAAGUGUAAUUAUUGUUUAGUGUAUGUGUCUGUGAUCAUUGAACCUGUUGUGCUGAUCAGAUAGAAUCAUCAUGAACCACUACAUGGCAUUGCUGAUCAAAAAGAAUCAUCAUAAAUUACUACAUGGCAUUAGAGCAUUUUUAAGACCAUCGUGGGAAAAUGAACAUCUACUAAAAAGCAAAUCAUCAAUCAUCAUCCAGAGCAAAUUCUCAAAUAAGCCAGUACAAAAAAAUGAAUGGUGUGUCAAUACAAAAUAAUAAUAAUAAUAUAAACGGUACUGCAGGUGGUGGUAUGUCAGGAAAUGGUCAAGAAAUUGUUGAUCAGCAAGAGGCGCCACAUCGUGACGAUACCACGAAAGCACAAGCUCGAAUGGCGGGAACAACAAAACAACUUGGUGGUGGUGUUGUUGGUGUUGGUGGUAAUAGUACAACAGAGAAUGGAACAACGUCAAAUGUAAAUGAGGGUCACGCAAUUGAUGAUGACAGUGAAGAAGAAGCAUCGGAGGAUGACGAUGAAGAAAAUGAAGACGAAGAUGAAGAAGAAGAGGAAGAGGAUUCAGAAAAAAUAAAUAAUAAUAAUAAUGUUGUUGGUGGAGUUGGUGUUAUUAGUGGUGUAGGUGGAAAUGGAAAUGGAAGUAGUGGCGCAAGGGUAGUUGAAAUGAAUUUAACAAGUGGGGGUGGAAAUGAGACGGCGCGUGGUAGUCAAAUUGGAAUGGAAAUGGGAACGAUGGAAUUGAGUAGUGGGAGUACCGGUGGAGGCGGCAUGGGCGGUUACUGGAGGCAUAGCAGACCCUCUAGUCCCCGCAUGCCGCCUCCUGAGCAAACUGAACAGAGGCCAAAGAGCCGACACGAGCAAAUUGCAAACGCCACAACGAGAUACAAUAAUCUUGGAUAUUGGCGUGCACGACGUGUAACAUUUUAUAAAAAUGGAGAUCCUUAUUUUCCGGGUGUUGAAUUUAGAUUCAAACCUGGUCGAGAUAUUGGCUCUCUUGAAGCACUCUUGGAUCGUCUAUCAUUGCGUUUGGAUCUUCCUCGGGGAGCUCGUCAUAUAUUUUCCAUGGAUGGUGAUCGUAAGCUUAAUCUCGAUGAACUGGAAGAUGGUGCAUCUUAUGUUGUGUCAAGCUAUAAAACUUUUAAGCCGGCGAGCUAUGGUAAAAAAAAUAAUACCUGGUACACAGCACCAGGAGGUGUUGGAGGUGGAGGUGGUGGUGUUGGUGCAAGUAGAGGAAGUAUUGCAGGAGGUGGAUGGCAAAGUAGACCAGCAGCGGUAGCAAGUCUUAGCAGAAAAGCUUCAAUAACUGAAGAAGCACCCCCACCAGGUGGUGGAAAACCUUCAUCUGGUCGUGUUAUAAGAAUUGUCAAUAAUUUAGAUCACACUGUUCAGUGUCGAGUACUGCUAAAUCUUCGUACAUCACAACCAUUUGAGGAAGUACUUGAAGACCUUGGUCAGGUUUUGAAAAUGAACGGAGCCAAAAGAAUGUUUACUGUCUCAGGCCAAGAGGUUCGAAGUUUUUCUCAGCUGAGAAAUGAAUUUGCUGAUGUUGAUACAUUUUAUUUGGGUACUGGUGCUGCAAUGGGUAUGGGUGCAUCAAUGGUAACAUCAUCACCAGCAAGAAGAUCAAGAUCACGUGGUCCAUCAAUACAAAUGUCUGAUCCUAUUGGUGAUAUUGGAAGACAAAGAAGAGCACGUAGUAAAAGUAGACCACGUGCACUUUAUGCACCUGAUUCUGAAGUUGUUAGAGUUAAUGAUUACAGUGUAGUUGAAGUAUUACGUGAAGAACCAGCAAGAGUAACAAUACGUGGUUUAAGACGUUCAUUUUAUCCACCAUCACAUUUGCCACUUGUUGAUAAUUCACCACCAGAUAAAAAAUUACAAUUAGAAUGGGUUUAUGGAUAUCGUGGUACUGAUACAAGAAGAAAUUUAUGGGUUUUACCAAGUGGUGAAUUAUUAUAUUAUGUUGCUGCUGUUGCUGUAUUAUUUGAUCGUGAAGAAAAUUCACAACGUCAUUAUGUUGGUCAUACUGAGGAUAUAACAUGUAUGGAAGUACAUCCAAGUAGAGAAUUAGUUGCAUCUGGACAAAAAGCUGGUAGACAUAGAAAAGCACAACCACAUGUUCGUAUUUGGUCAACAGAAACAUUAUUAACACUUUAUGUAUUUGGAAUGACUGAAUUUCAAAUGGGAGUUUCAGCACUUGCAUUUUCUCAACUUAAUGGUGGAAGUUAUGUGCUGGUUGUUGAUGCUGGUAGAGAAGCAAUUUUAUCUGUAUGGCAAUGGCAAUGGGGUCAUCUUCUUGGUAAAGUUGCAACACUCCAAGAAGAUUUGACUGGUGCAGCUUUUCAUCCACUUGAUGAUAAUCUUUUGAUAACUCAUGGACGAGGACAUUUGACCUUUUGGAAUCGACGUAAAGAUGGAUUUUUUGAAAGAACUGAUAUUAUUAAACCGCCAUCAAGAACACAUGUAACAAGUAUACAAUUUGAGCAAGAUGGUGAUGUUGUAACAGCAGAUAGUGAUGGUUUUAUAACAGUUUAUUCAGUUGAUGCUGAUGGUGCAUAUUUUGUUAGAAUGGAAUUUGAAGCACACAAUAAAGGAAUAAGUUCAUUGGUAAUGCUUUCUGAAGGUACUUUAUUAUCUGGUGGUGAAAAAGAUCGUAAAAUUGCUGCUUGGGAUUCACUUCAAAAUUACAAACGCAUUACAGAUACAAAGCUACCUGAAACGGCAGGUGGUGUGCGCAGUAUUUAUCCUCAACGACCAGGUAGAAAUGACGGAAACAUUUAUGUUGGCACGACAAGAAACAACAUACUUGAGGGUUCAUUACAACGUAGAUUUAAUCAAGUUGUAUUUGGUCAUGGUAGACAACUUUGGGGACUUGCUGUACAUCCUGAUGAUGAAGUAUUUGCAACUGCUGGACACGAUAAAAAUAUUGCACUUUGGAGAAGGCAUAAAUUAUUAUGGACAACACAGGUUGGAUUUGAAUGUAUUUGUAUUGCAUUUCAUCCAUUUGGAGUUGCACUUGCUGCAGGUUCAUCAGAAGGACAUCUUCUUGUACUUGCUGCUGAUACUGGAGCAGCUGUUGCAACACUUAGAGUUUGUGGUUCUUCACUUUCAUGUAUUGGAUAUAAUCCAACUGGAGAAAUAAUUGCAAUGGGAUCACAAAAUGGUAGUAUUUAUCUUUUUCGAGUAUCAAGAGAUGGUUUUUCAUAUAAAAAAAGUAAUAAAAUACGUGGUACACAGCCACUUGUACAACUUGAUUGGAGUUCAGAUAGCAGAUUUCUUCAAACUGUUACUCAAGAUUAUGAUCUUGUAUUUUGGGAUAUUAAAGCACUGCAAUCAGAAAAAAGUCCAAUAGUUAUGAAAGAUGUCAAAUGGCAUACUCACAAUUGCACAGUUGGUUACAUGGUUUCUGGCAUGUGGAAUAAUCGUUAUUAUCCAUUGACAACUGUACUAACAACAUCUAGUCGUUCAGCAGCUCAUGACAUGCUUGUGAGUGGUGAUGCCGAGGGUUAUUUAAGACUAUUUAGAUAUCCUUGUACCAGUGCAAAAGCUGAAUAUGUUGAAGAAAAAGUAUACAGUUCAUUAUUGGCUUGUGCACGUUUUCUAUAUAAUGAUCAAAAUAUUGUUACUGUUGGUGGUACUGAUGCAGCACUUAUGCUCUGGGAAUUAGUCGAUGAAUAAUUACAAUAGAUUUUUAUUAUUUUUAAAUAUAUUAACUAUUAUUUAUUGCUUUUUUUUCUAAUUAAAACAAUUAAAGAACUUCCUGACGCCGGUCGUUCGUGGAAUUAAAUAAUAACAAAAAAAAAAACAAAUAAACAAUAAUAAACCUUCUGGUUCAGUCAAUUAUUGACGCCAGUCGAGCAAAACUGCCUUCAACUUAAUUUUGAUGACUCAAUUUGUAAUCCGAUCAGUAUAGAUUAUAUUUUUAAAAUUUUAAUUUAAAUUCAAUCAAAUAGUUACAAUAAAUGAAAAAAAAUAUUUCGACU